CAUUGAGCCAAGUUCGGCAGGAACCACCUUUUGGGUAUCCUCCUCUCGCACGCUGCCCUUGCGCGUAUAAUUUGUAUGAUGACUCCGGUGACUUCAUUUCUCCGUUGAUCGCCACCCAACCAACAUGGGUCCCAAAAUUGUGAUUCUCGUCUUUGUUCUGGGAAGUUUUCUAGUCCCUGGCUUUUACUGCAGAAGCUUCGCGGAUAUAAUCAAGGGCAUGCCUGAUAAAUUCGAAGAAUCGGAGCAAAGUCGGGCUCUGGGAUUGUCAGCGCCGAAGCAGUCGACGCCAAGAGGUCUUUUGCCUUUCUACAUGUUGGCGGAGCACAUUCUCGACGCGUACUCAGGCGGCGGCCUUCGCCAAAAGUUCCAAGCCCUGCAGCAAUCGUGCGCCGUGCGAGCUCUUGCAGCGGUUAUCAUACCCGUGUUGCUGGCCAUCGUCGCCGCUCUGGCCAUCAUCGUCCUACAGGUCGUCCACUUGAUCCUCGCGGCUCUCGUCCUGGCCACUAACUUCGGCUUGCGACUUGCGGGCACACAAACCUUUGGUCUCUUCAGGGUCGCAAAUGAAACAGAAGGAGACUACGGGCAAUGCAACUCUCAGCUUCUAAGAAUUAUAAGACACGACUGCGCCUACCAAGCGCGAGAUAUCUCCAUGGUGCAGCUCGGCGAAAAGGAAUACUAUUUCUCCCAGAGCACUAUCAAGAUGCGUUGGGAGGAUGCUCAGAGUUUCUGCCGCUCUCGUUGCCAACAGCUGUUGAGCAUUGAGGACCCAGUGGAGGAAGAAAUGAUUUUCGGACACAUCAUGUCCAUGGCUGAUGAAAAGGGCGAAAUCGAGCCCUUCUGGACGUCUGGCUCGUACAAGGACGGCAAGUACAAGUGGUUGGCGACCAACAGGGACUUCGGCUACAUCAACCUGGCGCCACCACGUCAACGAGGCCGCCAAGUGGACUCGAGCUGCGUCGGCAUGGCGACGGUGCGCAACGAGACAGCGUGGAUCGGCGCCCCUUGCGAGCAGAUGAGCCGCUUCGUCUGCGAGAAGCCUCUGCAGCUGGCUUACAGGGACCACUUCCUCUACGAACAGAUGAAGGCCGAGGAGGAAGAGGAAGAAGCCGAAGCCGCCGCUAUCGCAGCAACGGCGCCAACCACCGAGGCGCCGCCUGAAACAAGCACUUUCCCCAUUCCGGCUGCCCUGAUCAACGCUCUUCAAGAGAUUAGAAAGCGAUUCGGUUGAUUUGGCGCAAAUUUUUGGGCAGGGAGGGUCGGCCAGUAAAAAUGUAAGACAGCGCUCACCAAUCAGGAUGAAAAGAUAUUUUAAAAAUGUACUUCGGUAAAUUGGCAGCAUCUUGACCAAUAUUUGAGCGAAAAAUAAAUUUUCUUGCCUGGGAGCAUGAAUCCCACGAAUUUAAGUGCUGAGUGAAUGCAAUAGUUCGCACUGUCUGCCGUGUGCUCAAUUUUAUAGUCACAAACGAAAUCAUUCAAGUGAUUUUUUCAUAAAAAAAUUACCAAGCACGUUGAGCAAUUUUGUUCAUACAUAUAUUCUAGUUAUGUACCAACUGAUUUUAAUUUAUUAAAUGACAAAUUUUAUUUAUUUCUAACACCGCUGCUGGGACGUAAAACUAACACACAAACACUAAUCCUAGGAGCAUAGUAAUUUAUUAUCUUAAUUUAUUGUGAAAUCAAAAUGUACUAUGAGAACGAUGAAUAAAAAUAAAUAAUUUAUUCCAUAAACAA